UCAUUCUGAGACAGGAGGAAGUCCCUGCUCCCUGGGCCUGUGCCUCUCUGUCCUCUGCCUAGAGGAAGGGGGAAGCCAGUGGCCUGUUUGGGGGCCCAGCCCCCAAUCCCACCCAGCAGAGGAAGCCAAGGUCGGGGCGGCUGUGAUUGCUCCCUGAUCCUGGAGAGGAAACUGGUUGAUUUCCAGCUGACAAGGAGCUAGGAGGCUCACACACCAUCUUGCCUGGGUCCUAGGCAAGCGAGUUGGACUGCGUGCUCUUCCUUGGCAGAUGGGGAAACUAAGCCUCAAGAAGGGUGAAUGACUUGUCCAGUACAACCCAGCCAGGAAGUAAGAGAGUUGGGGUCAGAGCUAGAGUCUGGCCAGUUCCAGAGCCCCUGAGGGUAGACCAGGUGACACCAGGUGUUUCCAGGGCAGAAUGGCCCAGGAUCUCAGGGAGAAAGAGCUACUGAAGAUGGAGGUGGAACAAUUGAAGAAGGAGGUGAAGAGCCCCCGAGCUCCGAUUUCCAAGACAGGAAAGGAAAUCAAGGAUUAUGUGGAGGCCCAAGCAGGGAAUGACCCUCUUCUCAAAGGCAUCCCGGAGGACAAGAAUCCUUUCAAGGAGAAAGGCACCUGUCGGAUUAGCUGAUGGCCCAGAGCCCUUAGCCCUGAAUAUCGGUCCUUCAUCAGCCAGGAUCAAAUCCUGGGAUACCCAGGAUCUUCUCUUAUUGCAAUGAGUAAAGAUGCCAAUGAAAGCCUGUGUA